AUGGAAAUCGUGCGAGACACCAGCUACAAUACGACGAUCCUCACAGAGCUCGAGCUCGUCGCCGUGGUCGUAGACUGCAGCUCCACUCAGCUGAUGACAGGAGAUCCUUCGAUUGUUCGGGUUUUCAACGUGGUACGGUCUACUAAAGACCCGACAGACGUGUCCUUAGUGGAGGUAUCGCUGUCGGUGCAAGACUUCACCAUGUGGUCGUACAAGAAAUACGGACCUGCGAUUGUGGGCAUGGUUACGGUUAUCCACGACAUGCAGGCAGAUAUCACUAAGCAGAUCUACAUGAUGGCGCCGACGUAUCCGUAUCAGCGCUCUAUGGAGUUCGAGAUUUUCGACUUCAUACGGAUAACCAACAACAGCUACAGAGAACUGCAAAGCAUCCCGAAAGACCCGGAAACAGAGCCAGUAAAGCACCUGGUUACGUCACGGAAACGUGGGUUUUUCGAUGGUGAUGUCCAGGCCAAUAUCCACUCCAUGUACUCCGUACUGGAUAAGACCGACACCAAGAGUGCUCUAGCGAGUUGGGAGUGGUUUGGUGAAUCUCAGAUCGAAGAUACGUGGGCGUGGGUGCAUGGGGUUCAUCUCGUUUUCGGCGUGCAGACGCUAGAUUCGCUACUCGUCUUGUUCCUCGUGUCGUACCAGAACUUUCGAGCCGGUAAAAUCUGGAUCGGAGACCCCUUUUCGUCCGUGACGACUGCAACGUUUGUGGGUCGUGGACUUCUCGUGGUGCUUUCGUGGUACGUCAACUCGUUCUGGACUCUGUUCGAGUUCGCGAUGUCCAAUGCUGCAAUCUUAUCAGGCACCGGAAUUGUUCACGUGCACAAAGAAUUGGUCCACGCUGAUGUUCUGGUCGUGUAUCUCGGUCUUGUGGCUUUCGUAAGCUGGUUAGCUCGCGAGCGCAUUGAUCCUUCGGUGGCUAUCUUUAUGUUCGAGAUUAUUCACAAGCAUCGCUUGAGCUUCAUUGAAAUCUCUCCUCCAGUGUUGCAUAAGAUCGUGACCUACUCGAAUAGUAUUUUUCAACUUGGUAUCGCCCCAAAGACGCCUGCUGUUGCCGAGAUGUCUCCACUGUCGUUCUGGCGUACCUUUCAGAUUCCGACAAAGGAUGGUACCUUUCUGGCGGCAUCGUUCUUUCCUAAAAUCAGCUUGUUGGGGAUGAUCGGGUGCUAUGCCGUCAUGCGCAAGGUAUAUCGGUAUUUCUUCCCGGAAAGAGUUCAUCAUAGGUCGGGUCAAAGCACGAAUGUUUCGGGUAACGAGAAGGCAGCACUUGCGUUGAAAGGGAACUUCACAAACUUUGAGAUAUCGACGGGUGCAGAACUUCAGACACGCUUCGGUAUCAUCUCGGACUACAAGAACUACGUGUACUUUAAAGGCAUGAAAUUCGCAUCUGCGGACGGCGUCUAUUGCUCCGGGUAUGUGAUCGUAAACAACAAGUUCCUGGUGGGAACCAAACAUUUACUGGCCAUUAUUAUGAUGAAACUGGUGCGUGCUCGCUUCACCAAUGUCUACACGUACGAAGUGGAUGGGAACACUGUCAAAGAUACAGCAAGACUGGUGUACCCAGAGACGUUCACGUGGUCCGACUUGUGGCGUCUGAAUGUCGGGGUGCUGCUUUAA